AUGGCAAAUUGUAAAAAACAAUGUGGACCUGGAUACAAAAGUCCUUUAGAUGCAUUUAUUAAUGGAAAACGAGAAACUAUUUUGUACACUAUAUGUAUUCAACCAAAUACAUUAACAAAAAACAAAUCUGAUUAUAUGGCUACUAUUGAUGUAAACCCAAAUAGUCCUACAUAUUCUCAAGUGAUCUUUAGAACAAGUUUUGAAAAUGUUGGUGAUGAACUACAUCACUUUGGGUGGAACACUUGUAGUAGCUGUUAUGACGAUAGUACAAAAAGCAGAAAUAAAGUAAUUUUGCCUUCUUUAGGAUCUGAUCGAAUUUAUAUUUUGGAUGUAACAAACGAAAAAGCUCCUAAGUUACAUAAAACUAUUGAACCCAGUGAAGUCCAUGCUUUAAAUGUAUCAACUUUACAUACAACUCAUUGUUUACCUAAUGGUAAUGUUAUGAUUUCAACAAUGGGUGAUGCCGAAGAUAAUGGGAAAGGUGAUUUUUUAUUGAUAGAUGCUGAAGAAGGAAUAGUUAAAGAAACGUGGACAAAAGGCAACACGGCAAAAUUUGGAUAUGACUUUUGGUAUCAGCCAUACUGGAAUAUUUUAGUAUCAUCUGAAUGGGGGACACCUAAAGAUUUCAAAACCGGUUUUCAUCCUGAUCAUAUUAAUGAUAUUGAAAAAUAUGGACGGUCAAUCAAUUUUUAUUCUUGGUCUGAAAGAAAAUUAUUGCAAACUAUUGAUUUGGGUACAGAUGGCAUAGCUCCUUUAGAAAUACGAUUCUUACACAAUCCUAAAGCUUCAGAAGGAUUUGUUGGCUGUGCAGUAAAUAGCAAUGUUUUUAGAUUUUUCCGUACAGAUGAUGGUACUUGGGAUUCUGAAAAAGUGAUAUCCGUACCUAAGAAAACUGUAAAAGAUUCUAACGGAUUAAAAGAAAUUUCAGGAAUGAUCACAGAUAUUUUAAUAUCCAUGGAUGAUAAAUAUCUAUAUUUUUCAAAUUGGUUGCAUGGAGAUGUCAGGCAAUAUGAUAUAACAAACACAAGCAAACCAAAAUUAGUUGGUCAAAUAUUUUUAGGUGGACUAUUGUUGAAUGAUGAAUCAUUAACUGUUGUUAAAGACUCCGAGCUUAAAGAACAACCAGAACCUGUAUAUAUCAAAGAAAGACGUUUGUUUGGUUCACCUCAAAUGCUUCAGUUAAGCUUAGAUGGGAAAAGGCUAUAUGUAACUACUUCUUUAUUUACACCAUGGGAUAAACAGUUUUAUCCAGAAUCUGUAAAACAUGGAUCUACAUUAGUUAAGCUUGAUGUGGAUACUAUUAAUGGAGGUUUAACUUUGGACCACAACUUUUUGGUAGAUUUUGGAAAAGAACCAGAUGGUCCUAUCAUGGCACACGAAACAAGAUAUCCAGGAGGUGAUUGUACUUCAGACAUUUGGUUAGCUGAAGAUUAGAAAAUUAACAUAUUAUUAAGUAAAAUAGGUACUUAAUAUUUUAGAAUUUUUUUUAUUUAGAUAAAUCAUAAUAGGUUAUAUAUCUACUAUGGUUAGAAUAACACAAAAUAUAUAAUAUUGCAGUAAAUUAUUUAUGAAUUUUUAAAAAUAAACCCUAAACAGCUUUUUAAUAGUAAUUGUUAUAUAAUAAAAUCACAAGUUGCAAUAAGUAGCAAGUUAGAUAUAAUACAAAUUACUAUUAUUAUUUUUUAUACAUA